CCAUACUAUGAUGACGAUGACCAUGACGAACAUGACCUUCUAGAUUUCUAGAUGUUCUAGAUCGUCUAGAUAGUGUGGUACCGUCAACAUCUCAGAACCCUAUGGGCCUUCACAGCCUGGUACAGGGAUAGCUUUACUUUUUUUUUAAUGAUAUUCAUUAUUUUGAAGAUAUCUGAAGACGACGAAGUCGGCCGAGGUGUUCUGUAGUAGCAGAUUGUAGUUAAGUGCGAAGUCAUGGACGCAGACACGGCGAGUACGACUACUUCUAUUGAUGACAAAACUGAAGAUUUCUGUGAAAAUCCUACACGAGACAUUCUUGCAGAGGGUUUGAUGUGCCUACUGAAGCCGACAAUAGAUCAAUUAGAUGAAAGAGUACGAGCCACACGAAUCAGCCAAGUAGAGUUGAAGCAACAAAUAGAAGUUCUUUCUGAAGAGCUGAAGAAGAUUUCAGAAUCCCAAGAAUGUAUUUUUGAUAUUGAUGUGUAUGUCAGGAAACUUGUAAAUGCAAAGUUGAAAGUAACUGUUGUCAGCAAUAUAUUGCAGGCUGUACAGGAUCGCUUGAAUAAAGUUCACCAGCAAAUUGCAAAGGAACAGUCCAGGCGAAGAGCACUGUUAGAGCCAUCUCCUGUGGCCACUCCCCUUGAAACUACAAAUCCUUCCAUUCAAUAGAAGCAUUGCAUCUGAACAUUUUUCACCAUUCUAUGGAAUAACUUCAUGUAUAAAUGUUUUAUAAACUUCCACCAUAGUAAUUCAUUCAUUACAGUGAGUUAUAAGACUGGGAUGUGGUUACGUGUACAAAGAUUGUGCUAAGAGAUAUAUCAGAUGAGUAUGUCAAAAAGAAAUUUUAUUUUGUUAAUUUCUUCUGAUACAUUUUUAAUGAGGAGCUAAUGUGCAGUGAGAUUCCUUGAUACAUGCAAGAACCUUUUGUGUAGAAUUUGCUGUAAUAUAAGGGAAUGAAUUGUACAGUGAUGGUGUGGCCAAUGAGCAAUACAAGCCAAAAUUGAGUUCACUUCAGAUGCU